AUGAGCGAUGGUCGUCCUGUUAGUGGUCAGUUGAAGAAAUUUGUGUUUCGUGGGAAAUCUUCUAGCAACGGUGACACACGAGGUGAAUACUUAGAAAUUGUUAUACCGGAGUUAUUAACAGCCGGCUACUCGUUCUACACGUGGCCCUCAGCGCCUCUUCUGGCUUGGUAUCUGUGGACUCAGAGAAGAUAUUUACGCGGUUUACGAGUGUUAGAGCUCGGCUGUGGCACUGGCUUACCAGGAAUCUUAGCAGCUAAGUGCGGCGCUCACGUCACGUUAACAGACAGUGUUGUUCUGACCCAUUCAUUGAGACAUUUAUCGACUUGCUGUGAAGCAAAUGGUCUAGUUCCUGGUCGAGACUUACAAGUGCUUGGGCUUGCCUGGGGACUGUUUCUAGCUGAUGUACAUAACUUGCGACCCGUAGACUUAUUACUUGCUUCCGAUUGCUUUUACGAGCCUUCUCAAUUUGAAGAAGUACUUUCUACUGUUUCUUUCUUUUUGGACGGCACUGACGCACGAUUUUUGUGUGCUUACCAGGAGCGGAGCGCGGACUGGUCAAUUGAGGCUCUACUGAAGAAGUGGGGACUGAAAGGCGCACUUGUGGAUUUGGAAUCGCUAAGUGAGAGUUCGGGAGUCGACUACAGGGCCGUGAUUGGCGAACGAUCUUUACAUUUACUUGAAAUCACAUCGGUUUAGGGCAUGGCCAGCACAGCAAGAGCUGCACGCCUCUAUGUCGGCAAUCUGGCCUGGACAGUAGGCCAUCGUCAGCUUCGAGAAUAUUUC